GGAUGAAUGCAUUGGCAUUGUGAUUUCUCCUGCGAUAGCAUUGUUCAGAAGAUGGCUGCAUCAGCGGCGGCUGCUGCAGCAGCUGGCGAGAAACGCAAGUGUCCUGAUGGCGCUGUUGGUGAGAGCGCCUCCCUCGGUGCGCUGCAUCAGUCCAUCCAGUACAGCCGAAGCGUCACCAACGCGCUGCAAGCCAUGCUGGAGGAUCUGGAGGAGCGCCAAAGAGCCUUGGGCGGGUCUGCUGCAGCGCCAAACAAACCAGUGGUGAGCCAGAUGGACCAGAAAGCGGAAAGGCAGUCGAGGACAUGCAUUCAUCGCGCGUGUGUUUGUGUUGGUUGUGGUGUUGUGGUGUGCAGGAUGAGUUGAUGAAGGAAGUGUUGGAGUUGAAUGUGAGCGGCGAGCAGGUGCGGGUUCAGCGAUCGACUCUGUGUGCGGUCAAGGACUCGGUGCUCGCCACCCUCUUCGGUGGCAAAUUUGACGCUGCGUUCAUCCGUGACGAGAAGGAUCGCAUCUUCCUGCAGAUCUACCCACCUGCAUUCACCUGGUGAGGAAGGCCUAGUGAUGGAUUUAUUAUGUCAUCUCUCUCACACACGUGUGUGCGUGUGUUUGUGUGUGUGUGUUUGGCGGGCUGCAGGUUGGUGAUGAAUCUGAUUAUGUAUGAGGAGGAGCAGGUCGACAACAUUGCAAUCCCCCCGUCCAAACAACACGACACCCCAUUCACGUGAGCACCAGGCCCAUCACACACACAUGACGGUCAAAUGCAGCCGAUGAUGUGUGUCGUCAGGUAUUGGGUUGAGUUGCUGCUUUGGGAUCCCUUCCACAAGCGGCGGCCGGGCGGCGACGCCUUCUCCCCGCUGCCGACCCAGCCACGGACCAGCAGCAGGAUGCCGGGCAGCCCUUUGCGGCUCAGCUGA